AUGUACAGUGAAAAAGCCAGGCUGAACAGUCCCAGGAAGACAGGCCCUCAGAGGAUGGAGUUUUUGUACUCCAUGUACAGCAGUACUAUCGAGACUCUGUCUGUUUAUAUCAAAAUUAACGGCAGCGAAUAUAGGGUAUGGAGUCGCUAUGGAAGCCAGUUAUCAAGCGACUGGAUCAAAGGCUGUGUGACUUUAAACUACCAAGGAACUUAUCAAGUAAAAACUUAUUUUCUUUAUCAGUUGUUUUGCGUGUGUUUGUUUGUUUGUUUGUGUUUGUAGCUCCCUUUUUUUGUGGUGGGUUCCUUAAGAUAAGUUCUCUGUGUCACCUUAGUUGGCUGGCAAGUGCAUUUUCGAAUUGUAGAAAGUAUAUCGCUAAAUAUAGUGAUUCAAGUUCUGAUACAAAAUACUUUUUUUUUCCUCGAAAUAAAACUAAUCGCCAUUCUCGUCUUUCAAAAUUUUCGAUAAACUUGAGACCUCCUCUUUCCACAGUAAUCUUCCCACUUUAAUGAAACUAUCAAGUAGCGUGGCAAAACUAGGCAUUCAAUUAGUGAUUAAUGUCACUAUAACCAGGCAUGUAUGGAGACAGAAAAUUUCCUCUAGAGAAAUAUAGCUUUGUUUUAAUUAUAGUACAGAAGACGAAUUACAUUUUGAUUAUUUGCAUUUGCUCAUCUAUCUCAGGUUAUAAUUGAAGGAGUAGUAGGUGUAUCGAAUGCCUCAAACAUUGCCGUUGAUGACGUCAGCUUCAAUAAAAACCAGAGUUGCGUUUCCGAUGGUAAAACUACGCCUGAGGAAAUGUUUGAAGGUAAAGGCCCAAGAUAUCGCAUUAAUAAUGUCUGACAUUUACCUAACCUGAGUGUCGAAAACAGUUAUAAGUACUACAGGUUCUAUUUUGCCUCCUUUGUGCAAAGAACGCAGUAAUCCAUCACAAUCUGCAAUGAGUAACUGAUUUAACCAGCUGGGAGGCACUACAGCAUAUGUCUACCGCAUGUCACUCUGUAAUGGGCUUAUGUGGGCACAAAUUAACAGCAUGAGAGUCUAUCGCAUAGAAUAAACAAGUUAAAAAAACAAGUCUUAAGUUUAUUCAGGACUGUUUAAACUAUGCUUUGAUUUUGUAACUCUAGUAAACUGCACCUUUAAUGAAAGCUUUUGUGGGUGGCGUAGCUUGUGGCUGUCAUCGGAUCAGGUCAGCUGGAAAAGAGCGGGCAACAAAACUGGACAGAAUGGAGAUUUUGCUGGUAAGAAGAGCUUAUCGGAACGAAGCUGUUUUCCAUUGAAUUCAAAGAGAUUUUGGAGUUGAGUGGAGUUAUUGAGUUAACAAAUUCCCUCCCAUUCAGUUUGUCCUCGAGAUAAUUUUGAAAAGUGCAGGUGAGCAUCUUUUUUAAUUGAGCGAUAUUAUAACACUUUCUUGACAUUAUUUUACAAUUUCACACAAAGGAAACUUCAUUUAUACUUCUCAACCUAACAAAGAAAAUCAGUCCACCCAUCUAUUGAGUCCUCUUAUGCUGGGACCAAAGUGUUUCCGCUUCUCAUAUCAUAUGUCUGGGCGGAAUAUUGAAAGACUUGAUAUCUUGCUUCAAGUCCGGAGCCAGCAAGGGGAUCACUUGAUAUGGCAGAAAAUUGGAGAUCAGGGAAAUAAGUGGAUGCAAGGUAGCAUUGGUAUCGGCUACACCGGCGAAUUUCAGGUAGAAAAUAAAAAAGGGAGAUGAAAUUGUCAGAAAGAUAGAUUUAGUCCUACACAACUGCAGAAGUAUCCUUUUCCUGCAUCAUUUUUAAGUUGUUAUGGCACACGCGAAGUAAUCGAUAAUUACUCCUUUUUCCAGUUCAUUGCAGGUAAAAAACAUUCCAUGUAUAUGGCAGGCUUCACUCAGAACUUAAUUAGUACCCAUUUGUACCCAUGGCUUACAGAAGCAUUCUCAGAAUUGUUCGUCAUAGAAAUAAAUGAAUCGGCUAGACCUCUUGCCAUGGACAAAAAUUUUCACCUAUGAUAAAUUUAGUGCUAAACUAAAUUGAACCCUCCUUAUAUGUUUGUUUUGACUGAAAUAAUGUCUGUUGUUACAGAUUGUGCUGAAAGCAACUCCUAGCAAGAAUUACACAAGCCGUAUAGCUUUGGAUAGCUUUAUAUUAACUGAUGGACUGUGUGAUGAUGAGAGUGAACUUGACAGCAAUCAACAAGGUUUUUCACUCGUAUCUGUCAUAUACCAUCAUUACUGCCUGAACAUCUGAACCAACUUUAUUGUAGCUUCUGAUAUCUAUGCGAUGUACCAAAUGUAGAUCACUGUUUUAAGGCCUUCUUCCUACUUGUAAUCUGACCGUUACUUUUCUAGGUAUAUUUCAGCAAAUUUUUCUCGUUAAACCGCAAGUACUUUUUUUUCUUCCAGACAACGCUCUCAACAUUGUUUAUAUCUUUAUGCUGCAGGAAACUGUAACUUUGACGAGAACUUUUGCCUUUGGAAGAAUGAUUUAAAUUUCAUUUUCAAGUGGACUCCUCGGGGAGACAGAGCACCCAAGUAUCAGACAGGACCCAGUGGUGAUCAUACUUCAGGUACGAUCGAUUUAAUAACUUUCCUUUUGGUCAGUUGAAGAAUUAAGCAAUCUUUAGUUAUCGAUUAGUUGUAUUUUGUUUUGCGAAGCCAGCGUGGUAUACAUUAAGUUUUUCGCUUUUUUUACCAAAAUACACAAUGGAUAGAACGUGUUAUAAUUUUCAUCAAAUUGACUUCUCCCUUCUAUCAUAAGAGGAACUGAUUAAAAGUGUAGUUUUUAAUCGUAACCUUUUUAAAUUAUGAAAGAAGAUGGUUUAGGUUGACAAAAGAGGAAUCAAAUGAGGAAAUAUCAGAUUAAUAAAAGGGGGAAAGUUAUUUGAGAGAGGAUGUCAGCAUCCAUCGAACAAAUUUGAAAUAUUGUGGCAAGUCGCCCAAAAUCCGUUUUCAUCUCUACUUUUAUAAUUUGUAGCCCAAUAUGUUCUAACAAGUGUGGUGUAGUUUUUGUGUGAAAAUAUAUUUUAGUUUUCGAGAAAUGACUUUUUUCGUUCUACCGCUCAAAUAUGCAAAUUUUCACCGUGAAUAUUACCCGAGUUGUGUGACCUCAUGUAACGACUUUGUUUUAUCAUCUAAACUUAAUCCCCUGUCAUUAUUGAAGGUGGCAAAGAAAUACUUAUUUUUUGGUGAAUAUUUUUGUCCGACAUACUUUUCCUAUGUUGAAAAGUAGCAUUAACAUAAAGACAGUUGUAACAAUAACCGAUAUGACAGAAUCUACUGAGCUUCAAGCCUUCAAAAGACAAAAGGAUGGUUAUAAAGUUACUGAAAAAAUUUCCUUGUGUAUUUGUGUUGUUCUACCUUGAGACGAACUCAAAGUCUGGCAAAAUUUACUUGCUAGCGACUAUGAAAUAUACAUGGUGUGCCUACUUGUCGCCACCGUUAACUGGCAUAAAUCACUACAAUUUGCAAAAAAAUCUAACAUAGCACUCUUACCUUGUUUAUUUAUGAUUUCAUUAGCCUUUUCGAAAAACUAUAUUACGCCUGGGUAUUACUUUUUGACUGGAACCCAGGUUUUGCGUUGUCUUCCCCUCCCCCAUUUAUAUCAUAAGCUAGUCACGCAAUAAUUGAUACCGACGCAAAUGAAUAUUUACCAUGUAUAAAUAUUUUUGUUUAUGUUGAACUGAAAACAUCAGAAUAAGUGCUUUUUUUGGUCACUAAUCUUUGUUUCAGCGGCAGCGAAGCAGUUAAACGCGGGUUGUUGCUUCAACGCUAUUGAAAUAUAUAGUAUACAGACAGGCGAACAAAGCGUAUUGCUCUGGGAAUAAAAACUUUUAGGGGCCUUUUACAUGAUUUCCGAAUGAGUUUUGUUCGAGUACGAGUUCAUAGCGGUUGCCACAUGAUACCAGAUAUCGGAUACGAUCGGAAAUGGGUGAGGAUGCUUGUGUCAUACCUUUUAAGAGUCAAAAUCAGCGACCUGGUACCUUUUACGACGUCUCAAACUUUAGUGGACUACCAAAGACCUGGCUGGUACGUUUAUGGUGUUUUUCGCUUAAUAAAUCAACUAUCUGAAUUAAGCAUUACUAGGAAGAUUUUAAUGAUCUGACUCAAGCUCAUCGAUAAAAGAGUUUUGCUCACGGUGGUAAGUAGCCUGCUUACCGAAGCCAGAUUGUACGAAUUUUCCAGACAUCUUGAGUUCUAUCUGUGAUACACGCUUACUGAUUCCCCUAUUGGCUUUUGGAAUCGACUUAACCCUACCCCACAUCUACUAGUAGAACCACGACUCCACUCAACACCGAGAUUUGAUCUAUGAGAGGCGAAAUUUGUAAAAUCAUCCAUAUCUUUUGGCGUUUAGAAGAUGCCGGCACGCGAAAAAAUAAGAUCAACUUCAUUUUCUGGAUCUGAAAACUUGCAACUCCGCAAGUGACCUGAUAUGUCUUUUUCAAUAAUCAGGCAAGGGAACGACUUGAGGUAUACAACUUCGGUCUUCUCGAUAACUAAACCCACAAGUUCCACCAGCGAACGAUUAAACUGAACAACAAAUUUCCAUGUUUGCAUGUAAAACAAGACGCUUAUAAAACAGAUCGUUAGCUAAAUCAGUUUGUAGCUUGUCAAUCAAAUUGACUAUUGUAACCAUACUUUAACUUCAGCCGGAAAAGGAAUCAUCGGUGGAUCUGGACAUUUUAGUUUUCUGAAUGCUGUAGUUCCUGAAAGGUUUUUCUAGAUGUCUUGCAAAGAGGAAAAAAAAUCUAUCUCUUGGUAUUUCUGAGGUUGAUUCAUCUUUAAAUUUCUGUGUCACGCUUGUCAUGCAACUGAUAUAAUAAAAUAGAGAAGAUAUAUAAACUGGAACUCAAAUCUGACUAGAAUGUGGUAGAGCAUAAUUAAUGUGGUCAUCGAAACACCUAAUAAAAUCAUAAAUAAAAAUGGUAAGAGUGCUAUGUUAGAUUUUUUUGCAAAUUGUAGUGAUUUAUGCCAGUUAACGGUGGCGACAAGUAGGCACACCGUGUAUAUUUCAUAGUCGCUUGCAAGUAAAUUUUACCGGACUUUGAGUUCGUCUCAAGAUAGAACAACACAAAUACAAAAGGAAAUUUUUACAGUAACUUCAUAACCAUCCUUUCGUCUUUUAAAAGCUUGAAGCUCAGUAGAUUCUGUCAUAUCGGUCAUUGUUAACUGUCUUUGUUUUCAUGCUACUUUUAGACAUAGGAAAAGUAUGCCGGACAAAAAUAUUCGCCAAAAAAUAAAUAUUUCUUUGCCAGCUCAAAUAUUGACAGGGGGUUAAGUUUAGAAGAUAAAACAAAGGAUUAUGUUGAGAGAAAUACCGUAGGUCAAUUAUGUUCGUUACAUGAGGUCACACAACUCGGGGUCGAACGAAAAAUGUCAUUUCUCGAAACUGAAAAUAAAUUUUUCCAAAAAAACUACACCACAAUUAUUAGAACAUAUUGGGCUAAAAAAUAUAAAAGUAGGGGUGAAAGCAAAUUUUGGGUGACUUGCCUCUGUUUGUCUGAUGCAUGCUGACAUUAGCUCUUAAGAAUUGUCCAGGCACACCAUUUGCCUUCUUCGCUUCGAUUUUGAUGUUCGGACUCAUUUUGCAUCAUGAUUUUAUCAUGAUAGUACAACUGACCACUUGAAAAAGGGUGACCACUUAAUAAGGUGCUGCUUAAUACAGGCUCGACUGUUCACUUUCCAUUUAUUAAGGCACUGGCUUGUACAUAUAUAUUGAUGCCUCAAGUCCUCGCCAGCCUGGAGACACCGCGAGGUUGACAAGUCCAUGGAUGCGGGGUCCACAAUGUAUGACAUUCUUCUACCAUAUGUUUGGUUCAAGCAUGGGUUGUGUUGUUAUGUAUAUUAGAAUCCAGGCUGCAGAGAAGUUACAACCAAUAUGGUUGCGGUCGAAGGAUCAAGGAGACCGUUGGACACAAGGGAAACUAAAUAUUAACACCAACUUAACGUAUCAGGUAACACGAAUGUCUCGACAUUUGAUUCAAGCUCUCUGUUCUGUUGUCCUUUCCGAUAUCGCGUUAGGCCAACCAUAACAAAGUGGCAGGUUCAUGAACCUAAUCCACAUAUUAUUGGAAUAAAGAAGCAGCUGUGAUGUAAAAUUCAGGUUGCCUAAGGGAGUAAGUGAGGCUGAGCACACUACAACCCAGCAGCUCAUAUUCAAAACUGAUUCUUUUAUUUGCAACGUAUCGUAACGUCAGUCUCUAUUUUGUCCCUUGCUCUUAAAGAUAAUCAUUGACGGCAUCAGAGGAGGUGGUGAUUCAGGGGAUGCAGCUUUGGACGACUUCACCUUUCAGAAAGGACCUUGCUGGCAAACAGGUACAAAAGAGAAAUUGUUUUGAAGUCAUUUACGCUGGUGUUAGUUACGCUCGGUUUCCUCCUUUAUGUGUGAUUUUUUCCCUGAAAAUAUACAUUUAUGUGUCAUUAUCAGAUGGUGUGUUACACAAGCUGAGUUAUUACUAGAAUUUUUUAACAAAAAGGUGAAUAAAACGACGUUUCUAAGAUACCCUUACUCGGAUCGGGAUCUCCUGUUACAAUCUAUAGAGAGAGUAUCUUUGAUGACAAACCUUUAUCACAUUAUGAUUUUCAUCAGGCUGUUAACCUAUUUCAAAAAUGGUGACUUUAUUGUCAUUCUUGAUACGAACUUUAAAGGAUAUUUGACCAUUCAUAAGGAAUAAUAAUAACGCCCAUCAAAAUUAAAGAGGCUCAAGGUGAUUACUCUGCCAAAGUCAGAUAAGUAUGAAUGGUUGAACUACAAACCUCUGCGAUGAUAAUCAUGCUACCUAUCUAAUCAUGUGUUUUGCUUUUAUCUUCCAUUUAAGAUGAGAUCACCUAUUACGUUUCUUCGUAUAUGGGUAAAGAUUAUAAAAUAUCCUCUCGACCUCCUGAACACAGUCUCUACGCCGAAGAAUUCCGUUUUACUCUCAAACAUCCUGAAGGACUUCCAACAGAAACCUCGUAUUUUAUCUACUCUGAAGCAUCCAAGAGACACAGUUUUGUUAGGGAAAAACUAGAUUUGUCUGACUAUGAUAACUAUCCCUUGGAUGUGGCUGUCCUUGAUGACAACAGACCGUCUCCAAAUUGUAGCAAGAUUUAUUUUAUCAACAGGGAUAACAUGGGACCAAUGAUCAGCCUGGACGACCACAGUGCCCUGCAUUGUUGCAAAGGAAAUAUGAAAUUCACUCUUUGUGCUUUCAAUGUAACUGAACCAGGUAGGAAAACUAGCCGCGCGUUAUUCUUUGUGAAUGCUUGCCUAGGUAAUAAAUUAAGCUUAAGCAUAAACCUAUUUCAGUUCAUCAGCGUGAGAUCCCAAGUUGUUCCUUAAGUUUGUUUUUUAUGAAACUUGAAAUAAUUUGUGGGAUAAGAAUCGAUAUUAGGGGCAGUUCCGAAAAACGUCCGAUAACUAAAUGAAUAUUUGGCCGAGGAGAGAAGCCUGGAAAGAAAAGUUUGAGGAAUAUCUCACAGCCACGGUUGCCAUAUCAGCAAUGCAGAAAGAGGUCCAUCUAAUUUAUAACCCUCCUGAAAUUGUACAAAAGACAUUAGUAAAAAGGUCAGUGUUGAGCGGAUUGUCGAUGCGUAUUUGCGACCAGGUUUCUAAUAUCACUAUCACUAGACUCUACAAAACGUAACUGCUCUUCUCCUGUUUAGAGUAGUACAGAUGAAAAGAAGAAACUUUUGAGCUGAAUUGUUUCUUCUUUUCGACGUAAAUAAUCGGAAGUCAACGCAAACGGCGGUUAUUGCGCGAUAACUGUCCGGUGAUUUUGCACCACGUGACGUAACAUGGCUAAUAAAAUUGCACGAAAUUAAUGGUGAGUGAUAACGGUUGACAUCUCAAAUUAAGACUUUCUAACCUAAUUCCGUAUUGCUAAUUUAUCUGUCAAUUAAGAAAAAAAAUUACAUUUUGGAUUUGCUCGCGUUAAAGCCUUGUAAUCUAAUUGGAAAACAGUUUCGACCCAUUGAUGUUACCAUCGUGUUAACAAAAAGCACCGGUGGCUGGUAAGAUAGAUAAAGUUAUAUUACAGUUGCUAGGGUUUUAUCGAGCUUUAAAAAGGUUUUGUUCGAUUUGCAGAUAAUCGUUUGACUUCUGGAUGUCAGCCCGGUUGGUACGGAGUAGGAAAAUCUUGUUUCAUGUUUUAUUUUGAAUCAGCUCGGGAAUGGCGCUUGGCGCGAUCUUUGUGCCACAAACAAAAUAGCGAAAUGGCCACUGCCAAAAGUAUUGAUGUACUGGAAGCCCUUGCCAAUCAGAGGAAACACCUAAAAUUCGAAGACUUCGAUCUUUUUCUUGGGCUAAAGAGUAAGUUACGCUGGACGUGGGUAGACGGCGAAAAGCUGUCAAACGCACGCAAAGGUUUGUGGAAGCCUACCGAACCGAGUGGCGAUGGCAAGUGUGGAUCUCUUCUGAGUUUUGUUAGUUGGGAUUCAACUUGGCGUGGGGAUGGAUGGGGCUUAAAUGACGAGCCUUGCACCGGUACUGGGAGAUAUAUUUGUGAAGAGCCACUAGGUAACUUUUUUAACAAUAUAUGAUAACAUCUUCUAAUCAAUAUAUAUAUUUUAAUGGCAUCUGAAUUGGAGAUAUUUCAGAGACAAAAAUGGCCUUACAAAUUAACCCUUCAACAUAAACCCACUAAGUUGCCUUUUCGCUUUUCUUUAAAGCUUUAAAUGGAAUCGGUUCUGUUUUUAAAUGAAGUUGUUAUGUUGACUGGUGUAAGCUUUGUUCAGACAUUGUCCCACGACAGAUUCAAUUUAUAAACUCAAGUGGUUACUCUGUGGUUGAUCUCGUUUCAGAUGUGUUUAAAUGCUCAAAAACAUUACUUCGUUUAUCGCAUUAUUCAGAAUGUGUCCGAAUAAUUUAUGUUUUUACUUCUGGUUCAAGAUGUUCCUCUCCCUGUGGCUCUCUUCUUCGUGGGUGGCAUUAACAAAACUGUGAACUUGAGCCCUAAUGGAACCAGUAUGGCUGUGUUCAGUGACAUCACCUUUGCACCGGGUCCUUUCGGAAAUCCAGAUGGCUCCUUGCUUUUAGGAACUAGCAAUAGCCAUGCAGAAUUAAAAAAUCGCGGAGAAAUCGAUACGAGGUUUUCUAUAAGUGUAUUCGCUUGGGUGCAUCUUAGUAAUUCUAGCACUGGUCUAAUAAUAGAUCACGGUUGCUCGGUGACGGUCUUCCACUCAACGCUCGGAGUUGAAGUACUUUUUAAGGAACGGGACAGCUCUAAGAGUUAUCUCCUGCAUAAGAAGGGCGUUCUAAAAGCAAACUCUUGGAAUUUCAUCGGUGCUACGUAUGACUACUUCAGCGGCGUGGCAACUAUUUGGGUCAACGAGAGCAUCGUCAUGCGGGAAUUUAUUUCAGCUAAAAUGGAGUUAGCGACUCAUGGGAAUGUUAUUGUUGGGGCCUCCAAAAAUCGAAAAAUGCAAUACCGUGGCAGGAUUUCUUGCUUGCAGUUUUAUGAUCAAGCAUUAUCUGUGGAUCAAAUCAUGAAAGUGAAAGUACGAUGUAAUAAAACUGGUAAGUGGGUUUAAUUUACUUGUCAGUCGUAAUGUCCACAGAGCUGUACAAAACCCUGUUAAAAUCGAAAAGCGUAGCUUCGUAAGAUACUCCAUAGAAACAAAUGAGAUGUCGAUAACGCAUCUCGCUCACAACAUUGCUAGACUUCACCUUAUAACUCUUUAGCCGUUAACUAUUAUAAGGUUCAACCGUAAGUUUUGUUUUGAUAAUUCCAUUUUUUCUUUGAACGUAUGGAAGUAUCUACACCUUCAAUGGAAUAUGCAAGUGUCGGAUGCUACGCAGACAAGCCUCAUCGAGCAAUUCCAACACUUGAAGGAAGAGACCCCAUCGCUGUCGAGAACUACGACGUGCGUACGAGAGCGAUUGAAAAGUGCGCCCUUGCAGCUCGAAGAAAAGGAUUCACCAUGUUUGCUGUUCAAUAUGGUGGGCAGUGCAUGACCAGCGCAACGGCAGAAAAAACUUUCAAUAUAUAUGGUGAGAGUAAUAGAUGCAAUACAAAUGGAAAGGGAGGAUCAUGGGCAAACAAUGUUUACAUCAUUCGAGGUUUGUUAAUCGAUGUAAUGAUAAUAUAUUUUACAUUGAAUUGUAGACAAUGAAGUAGCCGAAAAAUUCCAUCAGUUUGCUUUAGUAAUGUACAAUUUAAGGGCUGGAACGCACACUUUAAGUGGCUUAAAAUUUGUGAGCCGUAAUAGACGGGAGUUAUUAGUUUUAGGAAAUAAAUGUCCUGAAAUAAUUACGGAAUUUAUGGCUCAUCAAAUUUAUUUCAAAAGUACGAUCCAGCCUCAACAGAAAUUGUUAUUUUUCUUUUGUUUUGUUUUUAUGUUUCUCGAUUAUGCAGCUCGAUUUUUGCCCUGUGAUCGAUUACUAGUCAGUUGUGGCUCAUAUUUGCCAUAGAGUGCACGUUAAGAAAUGCCUCAUUUUUUAUGGUUUUCCAUAAUAAUUGAAUUUCUUACAAUUUAAAUAGAUUAUAUUGAUAUUGGAUGCUACGAAGAUCGCCGCUCGCGUGCAAUUGCAUCACUCGAACAGAAAGAUCCGCUAUUGACAGGAUACCACAAAAUACGCAAGAACUCUAUCGAAAAAUGCGCCGUAGUUGCUCGCAAAAGGGGCUUCCGCAUGUUUUCAGUUCAGUAUGGUGGGGAGUGUUACGGCAGUGCAACAGCAGAGAAGACUUUUGAUAAAUAUGGUAAGAGCGAUAGAUGCGAAGGUGACGGAAAAGGAGGAACUUGGGCGAAUCGUGUCUACGCCUUUCAAGGUUUGUGACCGAAUUUAUUUACUUAUUUUCAUUUAAUUCCUUAGUUAAGACAUAAUCAGGUAGUUUGACCUUUUAUGUCAAGACUUGUAUUACUUAAUGACUGGUUCCCUCUUUGACGCUUACAUCUUCGCUGGGAUCUCUUCAUCUUUUUGUAUGAGGGUUAAGAUGUUAUUGAAUGAUAACAGUACAAUGACUUCAUUCUUAGUUUAUCAACUCUAGGUUUCCAUUCAUAUUUAAAUUAACAAAAGAGGCAAAGCAAAGAAACAAAAUUAUUCAGACAAUUUUUUUUUUCUCGUAGCGUCUACUUCUUGGUGCAGUCCCAUAUUUUUUCCAUUUCAUGGAGGUUGCUUUUCCUUAGAUACCUACAGCAAAGUAAACUGGAAGCAAGCCCUGAAUAUUUGCAAUUUUAAAGGAGGUACCCUGGCAAAGAUUUCAGGGGAAGGGUUAAGACGUGCUUUUUCUGUUGUGUUAGAGGGAAUUCGAUCCUACCGACCGGGUGUUACUAAGUAUUUCAUUGGUAUGAGGGGCCGACAUGAUGACUGGACGUGGUUUGAUGGCACUUCUCUGAACGAAUCGUUGUGGGUGUCAGGACAUCCAACGAGGGACGUUGACAAUCUAGGCUGUGCUUAUCUUUCGGCUGGUUUAUCCAGAAUAAAGAAUGGUGCUUGCAAGUCACACAGAUACCCUUUGUGCCAGAAACGAUCGGGUAAAUUGUAAUAAGUUCAGCGGUUAUAUGCAAGAGAGGGGCGUUCUCUUGUAAAGCACUUCUUAAAAAGUAAGCUCGUGGGCUUGAGUCUAAAACCUUCUGAGAAACACGAAAGAAACAAAUUGUCAAAACCACAAAGGGAAAAUAAAAGGAAAAUCCAUUUUUAACACUUUCAUUUGGCAUAUUUAUAUUUCUUUUUCAGACAAUAACAUUAGGGUCUUCAAAGGUUUUAGACCUAAAGCUGAACGCUUGAGAUCUAAGAAAUGUUUAAGAUGGAGAAUGCCUUUUUAUCAUGUCAAGAUAAUGUUCAACCAUGUUUGACUUCUAUUCAAAUGGAUGCUGUUUGCUUUACUUUUACGUCACAUUACUUUAUUUCUGUCUCGUGCAGACUCUCAGCUUUGAAAGGCUUUAAACUAUAAGCUGUAAGCUUUCCUUGUAACACAUUUUAUCAAUAGAGAACGGCUUUUUAAACCAUUUUCCUCUCCUAUUUGAAUAGUUACAAUUAAAUUUAAAUAGUUACUGUUUUAUUAUUUCUCAGAGUAAGUUGUAUCUUUUUUUUGUUUUGGUCUCCUCUUUCGAUGCAUUCUAUUUUCCUCGCUACAAGUGCUCCUCUCCUUUUCCCCUCUUCUACCAAUUUCAAGCUUUCCAAAAGUGUCAAGGUAUUUCAAACAUGUUUUCCACCGUAAUGGUAGUCAAUUAAAUUAUUAUUCGUGGCUUGAUACAUUAAUUAUUUCUAUUUACAAAGUUUUUUACUCCGCCUAAGCUAAAUAUGAUUAAAACAUCUUCCAAACUGUGGUGUCGAUGCUCUUUAAUUUUUCCUUGUCCUACAGAAGCUUCUUUAUCAAACCGGAGUCAAACCACUUGUUCCAGUGUUUUGCUGCCGUAUGAGUCCUCUCUAGCCAUUGAUAAAUCUUACACCACCUGCUUUCGUUCGGGAAGGGUAAGAAAUUGUCAUAAAAAAGGGAAGAAUCCACUGUAAAUGCACUGGAUAUCCUUUCACAUAAUUAUAGGCCAGACAUUCAUUGUGUAUAUAACGAUUGGGUCAAGUAAUUGUGAUACUUAUUUCAGUGUCUUGCUGUUUGGUAUGUUGCUUGCUUGCUUUCUGUAAAGUUCUAACAUAACACUUUUUCUCAUUUUUUCAUGUAUUUAGGAGUCGAACCCUUGGUGGCAAGUUAACCUUGAUAAACAUUUGUACGUAAUCUCUGUGGUAAUCAUUGAUAAAGUUGAUUGUUGCCCACGGGAUAGCGGAAUUAUCAACGUCAGAGUAUUAAACGGUCCACAGGGCACAGACUCAACCUGCUCCAAAUCGAUGGAAUAUGAUGGAGUAAACCAACAAUUUAAAUUUUACUGCUCACCACCAGCGCUAGGAAAUUACCUGAAGAUAACGUUGAAGGGCAAUAAUGUCACUCUAGUCCUGUGCCAAGUUAUCGUACAAACUAUUGGUAAGUUUCCGGUAGUUUCCUUUCAAUAUAAAAGUUCCCUCUUGGAGCUUUUAAAGUACUUGGAGCCUUCCAUGGGGUCAUAUAACUAAGGCCGCGUAUUCGAAGCCUUUGAGAAACCAUUUUCUCCGCUACAAUUAUAGAUUCGAUGUGUUUGGGCCAAGAAAUUCAUGCUCAUUUUCAGAUUGCAUAAACUACAGCUUUGACAAACUCUUAACCCAUCCUUCAGGAAAUCUUAUGAGCAAAGGAAGAAAAUCUCAUGAUUUUUUUUAGUUCUAUACCCUUGCGCGGUCUUAUAUGCCCCCCUCCCCCCCUCCCCUCUUACCCGAAGUAGCAGUAAACUCUUUGCAAUGUGUCUAUCGACAAUAGAGUCGCUUACAGAGGCAAUGGGAGUGCUUCGUGAGACAUGGUAUAGAAUGAAGAAUGACGGUGCCAGGAGUAAAUCAAUCCUGCGCGAACACCCAUUCAUUCAAGGUCCGCCAGGAAGCCGAAUAGUUUUGCCAGAUUUUGAUGCUCCUAUCGAUUUGGAAGACGGAUACGCGCAAAGAUUGACAGCUUAUUUGCAGGUAAACGUGAAAUAUCCCUGUUUAAAGCGGAGUUCUUUCUGUUCAUUUAAACUUUUCUUGUUUCUUUUUGUUUGUUUUUUUUUUGAGAAAAUGAAAAAUUAUUCAUUAUUCGUUAGUCUCAGUCAGUCUGUUUUUAUUUUCUAAGACAAACUUUAAUCACCUACUCACCAUUUUUAGGUUCCUCAGAGCGGUAGCUACGUCUUUUACGCUGCGUGCGACGAUUCAUGCGAGUUGUGGAAGUAUAAUGUCAUAGAAUAUGGAUUUGUGAAAGAUAACACCGAAUCAGACGAGAGUGCACAGAACCGAAGUCCAAUCAUAUCUGUUAACAAAGUCACUAGAUAUCUUCAGUGGGACAGGUAAGCAAUUUAUAAAGGAUAAAAAGGCCAAUUUUCCUGAAAUUUAAGACUACCAGAGUUAUGCUUAAAUUUUGGUGACCUGUCGUUUGAAGGUACGAAGAGCAGUCAUCGCAGCCUAUCAUCCUUGAAAAAUGUCGUAUUUAUCGUAUGGAGAUGUAUGGAAGAGAUUUAAGCGGAAACGAUCAUAUAUCAGUGGGCAUGCGUAGGCCGAAUGGAGAUUUUGAAAGGCCGAUUCUUAGGAAAAGACUAUUUUGGACAAAACCAGGUAUUUCAGUUUGGUUUUGUUUUGUUUGUAUUUUGGUUUUGUUUUGUUUGUAUUUUGGUUUUGUUUUGUUUGUAUUUUGGUUUUGUUUUGUUUGUUUUCCUUUAAAUUGUGUUUUGUAUCUUAUUUUGUUUUCAAUUAUCUAUUUUGUUUUUCACUUUUUUAAUUUUUGUAUUAUUGUUGAGUUUUUAUUUGUUUCGUCUCUUUUCUUAUCGAAGUGGCUUCGGAACGUAGUCACCUUUUUCAAAAGAUAACUUAUGCUAAAAAGAAUAGGAGAAGGAUAACGCAGACAACUAGGAAAAAGCUAGAAACUUAAAAAGCUCGUUUACAAGUGAACGGUUAACAGCAGGGAAAGAAAGUCGAGAUACAAGAGGACUUGCUGUAGUCGGCGUAUGCGCCUUACUCUUUUUCCUGAGAUGACUGAUUUCAUGAACUUCAUUUCUUUAACUUAGAGUACUUACUGAAUCCAAACCGUGGGUUAAAUUUUAAAAAAUAGUGGAUCAACGCUAGCUAGAAUUAUUCAAGGAACAGCUUAAAUUCUUGGAUCUUAAACAGGGACACGAAAAUUGGUGGUGAGACUCAACGAUCUUGAAACAUCGGUAGCUGCUAUCGUUGGGUCAAAUAUACGCAUGUCAGGUUGGUUCUUUCAUAAGUUUAACAAUGCAUAAAUAACGCGUCAAGCUUUCUCGUUUCAUUCGACAGGGAAUUGGUGUGAAAUAUCAAUCGAAGGCUUAAAUCGUCAAAUGUCAAUUUUUUUUAACCAAAUGUCAAUUUUUUUAACAGGUACCUACCGCUUCUGUUGUCAGGGCAUAUAUUGCCCUGAUUGUCCACUGCAACUGAACCUCUCAACCCUGAGACAAAACGUAACAAUAAACCCAGCGGUAAACAUGUCUUGUUUAAAUACAUCAUUCGAGACUUUCUUUGACACAUACAGAGAGCCGGGAAAUUAUACAGUGAAGGUUAGUUCAUUUUAGCGUUUCCUGAGAGAUAUUAUAUGAUACGAUUACGGACAACUUCCUCUUGCUUUUAUAAAACUAAUGCACCAAGAACUAAAACGAACACUUGAUAACCUUAGAAUCCAGUUUCUUCUUCUCUUUGAGUUAUUCACUUUUUAACUUUUCUCUAACAUAUACCUAAGAGAAAGUUCGCAACCUUGAAACAAUUGUUCAAAAUGUUCAUAAUGUGAGACUCAAAUUUCCCACCAGAUCAGCUAUUCAUUUCUGGACCAUUCAGGGCAAAUUCUUGAAGAGAGAGUGCUGGGAAAUAUUUAUCUUAAAGGUAAGUCGUUUAACGAGUUUGAAGAUUUAUUUUUCUUCUUCUCUCUUAUAUCAAUUAAGCAUUAAAUAUACGGAUCAGUUUAUAAGAUUCAGAAGACUUCACAAUAAAUACGAACUGAAUUCAAACUGCGAAAGUUUGGUGCACAACGAUUAUGCAUUGACUUUCUUUUUUCGAACAAGAUUAAAUUUGAGCAAAUCUAAGCGAUCAAUCAACCAAAUGUAUGGGUUGUUAAUCAGCUUGCUGGGCCGUGAAGUUAGAAUGGGGAUAACUUAGAAUAUUAUUGAGAUUUCCUUUCAAAAACCGGGAACUGCAAAAAAAGUCUUACAUGUACGAGGCAAAAUUACUUUCAUGAAAACCAUAUGUUUCUUGUAUUUCUCCUCCAAUUCUUGUCUCCCUUUUGGGUUAACAUCCCUACAAGAAAACGCAAUUUGGCAAACGAUUAUGACGAUUGCUUAAACGAUGAUUUGAACUCUCACAGCUGUUGCAGUAUUAAAAGUAUGCCAUUUCGAGUCUGGAAAUUGUGCAGGCUGGACUAACCUUGGAAGCAAGGAGAAGUGGAAGUUCUCCCAAGGUAAGAAGAGGGAUGUUUCUGCCUGCCUAACUGUUGUAUAGAAAAUGUACGUUGUAGAGUUCUCUGCGUCAUAAUCUUUUUUUAAACUGUCCUAGUCAAUCUCCAUGCUUAUAGAAAUGAUCGACUUAAAGUAGCCUGGUCCUCUUCUAUACAAAUGUAUUAUCAUUGUCAAAAUAUUAUGUGUCCUAGGUCAUUUUGCCUACAUCGGGAGAUCUUCCAGGGUACGGCUUAGGACUCCUUUGUUGUCAUGGAAACCAACCAAUGAGAUGGUGGGCGUAUGUUUACGGUUUAAAUAUCUCAUGCCAACCAAAUCAAACUCGUAUUUGAAAGUUCUGCUUUGGGAAACAAUAGAAAAAAGGGAGGUGCUAGUUUGGCAGCUGCUUGGAUACCACGGACAAGGAUGGUCAGUGGCUCAGGUGGUUUUGCCAAGCUCUGUGGCUGUUCAGGUAAGUGAAGCUUCUUUUUCGUUUGAGUGAAGUCUCUUUCUACUUGCUUAUAUCUAUGCAUGUGACAGCCUUGAAACAUUGUGUUUAGUGGUCGAUAACAUCAUAUUCUGUCCCUUUCUAUUUGUUAUUGUUUUGUGACAGGUUAUGUUUGAGGGAGGGGGCUUUGCUGAUGACCUAGUAAAUGUGGCGAUUGAUGACGUCAGCGUAAAGACUGAGAACUGUGUCUUACUACCUUACUAUGCAAAGCCAGGUUACUUCUACUUUCUUUUCUUUCUCUCUUUUCAUCCUUACAGUUGACAAAUAGAGAAGCCUUGACUGUGCUCUCUUCUGUUGUAAAGCACGCAGGGAGCGGCUAAAGCACGAGAGAAGUGUAGGUAGUGCAGGUAGAAACAUGAGACGUAAUGGAGUGUUUCUCCCCACUUCUUGCUCUAGACACCUCCUGAGUGCUUUACAACAGAAAAUAGCACAGUCAAACCUUCUUUUAUUAUAUAGAAUCCGUAAAUUCCCCACGCAUUGCUUUCAAUUUUCAAAACAAACUUUUUUCCAAAGUGAACAACAAUGUCGUUAGCAUGCUCCACACUCUCAAAAAAGCACGCUACAAUAACCCAAUCAGAAUCCUUGUUAGAUUGUUUUAAAUAAUCUGAUUGGUUGAACAAGACUAAAAAAUGUCCAAUUAUCAAAGUUCACAAACCAUCAGAGUUCACAAUCUGCGGUAGUUUAAAAACUUAGUGUCGCUCUCGCUCUCUUUUAUUUUUUGCCCUAGAAAAGGGUUAAGGACACAUGUUUCGAAAAUAUUUAGUUGUUCUCCAAUUCUCUUUUUUUGCGUCGCCACAAGCCAAAAAUGAUUUUUGGCCAGACCACCCCUGUAGACAGCGAUCGAAAGUGUAAAUUUCACAGAUUUUGUCCAGCGCGCAGCGACUGCAAUGACAUAGCUCACGGAAUUCUAUCUUGCUACAAGUUACAAGAUGUAUUCAGUUAGUUCACAGACAAAAUAUGGAAACUUGGUAAGUCACGCAAGCGGACAAGCGUUACGACCGAUCACAUUUACGCAAUAUUUUAGGACAACUCGGCACCUAUUCUUAUUCAGUUGUUAUGAAAACCUAAAAUCCACAACGUAGAAGAUAAACGCACGAAGUUUGAAUGGUCAAAAGGAGAUCUUGGUCAAUUUUCAGAACUAUGCAAAUGAUCUUUGACAUGAGCGCAAUUGAGCAAACACAUUGACUUGCGUUGUUUUUGAGAUGUUGGUGGAUGAAAGCUAAAGAUAUACGCGCGGGUUUGAGGCAAUCUGUGACCUCAUUGGUGUAUAAACUAUGGACCGGUAUGUUUUUUCAGCCCGAUUAACACCUGCAUUUUGAGAAUUCUUUAGUACAAAUUAGUGAAUUUUUGAUAUGCAAAUUAAGGUCGAGGAGAAGGGUCUCCGCUGAUCACGCUGGUAUGAACUAACUGAGUACAUCUUUUAGCUUGUAGCAAGGUAGAAGUCCGUGAGCUCUAUUAUUGUAGUCGCUGCGCUCUGGACAAAAUCUUUAAAAUUCUGGGGGGGUCUGGCCAAAAAUCAUUUGGCAACGCGAAAAAAGAGAAUAAAAAGAGAAUUGGAGAACAACUAAACUAUUAUUGAAACAUGCUUCUUAAACCCUUUUUCAUGGGCAAAAAAUUAGAGAAAACUUUUUUUCCGACAGGAGCUCGAUAGGACUGCUCUUAGCGAGAGUGGCACUUAAUAAAGAAUCUGAAAGUGAAAUGUUCAGUGAAAUCCAGCCGAAUUGGAGCUUAUAAAAACACGCGAUUUUCACAUGCCGAUUAGAAAACAACUGCUCAAGGCGUAUUUUUUUAUGAAUGCACGACAACCGAAUUCAGAGGAUUAUAGAGGUUAACAGCGCCGUAAAACUCGGCUUCUGAGACUGUGCCCAUCCUCUAAACGCAUCGGAAAGGAUAUAUUACCUAGCUCUUCGUUUAAUUCAGAAGGCGGCUGAUGUAAUUUCUGAGGCUUGCGUCACACUGCGAUGACCGGAAACCACGAUGAUGAGCUAGACGCGAUAGACCUCAGCAUGAUCGUCAUGAUUAUCAUGAAUUUUAACAGUUAUGCCAGUUUGGCUAUACUUUUCAUCGUUACUUUUUUAGAUUCAUUCUGCUUUGUUCUUUUGUUCUUUCCUUUUUUUACACGAAACUAUAUAUACGAGACAAAUGUUAGCUGUAUUUCAUUUUUAUUACCGUAAGUAAGCUAAGUGUAAAAACCUUUAAAACUUGGACUGCUCAUUUCGUUUUCUCUUUGAGGAUAUUCUUCUCUGCUCAAGUUAUUAUAACGUCAAUUACGGCGUUAGACAUGUUUAAAAACUUUUUUUAGUUCUUCUGUUAUUAUUUGCCGACUCGCUUGUUCCGAAAUUUCACUUUUAAUAAACGCAAAAAAGCUAGAGAGAAGUCCGGGAAAUGGUAAGACAUAGAACUAUUUGGCAGUUGACGUGACAGCUUUAGCUAUCUUGCUAGGUGUUCUAUACUCUCAUAGAGUUCGCUGUUUCAACCAAUGACAGCGCGCGUUAUAUGCGAACUUUAUAAGGAACUUAAAGAUCAUUUGGAUCUUCCAAAAUCCUCACCACUUACGCUUGAGGCGCACAUUUGGUUUGCCAAUAGUCCACUGCCACUGGUUGGCUGGUUAUGACAAUUGCAACCAAACCUUUUCUUUUUUUUCAACUCACCAGCCUGGGGGAUUGUCAAACUCAUAACGAUGUGCUGAUUGUCAAAUUCUCUCAUAGAAGUAUGACAAAGUUUCCCUCGUUAGUUCCUUCUCUUCACGGCCUUUCACUUAUAAAGAAAGAAAAUGAAACAGAAAGCUGAUUUUGCUGAGUUUUUCAGGUUUUCAAUGUGGCGAAAAACAGUUUCAAUGUAACAAUGGGGAAUGUGUCAAAAGCGAUUUAAGAUGCGAUGGUGACCUCGCAUGUAAAGAUCAAUCGGACGAGGAGAACUGUGGCUGCCCCUCCAAUAAGUUUGAUUGCCAGGAUGGAAAAUGUAUUCCUGCGGAAGCUGUGUGCGACGGUAACAACGAUUGCUCAGACGGAGAUGAUGAAAAUAAUUGUCGUAAGUUCAUGAUUGCAUCAUGCUAAGAACACCACCUUAGUUUUCUCUUAACUUUUAUGGUAAUUGUUCUAAAGAGUGGUUUUUUCUGAUCCGUUUUGUUAAGUCAGUCGUUAAGCCUGGUCAGCGAUGAUAAAACAAUUCUAUUUCCUUGCUAUGUUUCUGUGCGGUAAUCAUAUUCGCACGACUCAAUUAAAGAUUUGCUUUUCAGGUAGUCCAUGUCCCCUCAAAUAUCAUUGUCUUGAUGGAUCAUGCAUUUCCUGGUCUAAUACCUGCAAGGAGAUACCGUUCUGUGGGGACGGGACUAACACACCAUCUGUAUGUGGUAAGUAGGACACAACAGCCCAUACCUAAUUCUAAUUCAAUGUAAUUCGUGUUAAUUCACAAAAAUUUUCGACCAUGCCUUUUCGUGACCUAAAACUCUUGAAACCGAUCAUUAUGUAAUCUUAAAAUAUCUUGGUAUACUUUAGAAAUUGCAGUUUAAGGGAAAGCGAGAAAGCUUCGAUCUUGCCUUCCCCUUGAUAUUUCUGUAUUUCAGGGUCUGGGGAUUGCCUUCUCAGUGAUUUAUCGUGCUCAUCGGACACGUCGAAAGAACUCUUGAAGUGUAAAUCGUCUUUCAGAGGUAACAUACACGUCAAAUUACUGAGAUGCUGCUAUACCUUAAAAGACCACUUUUUUUUCGGUUAAUUCUCUUUUUCUUCAUCCUCUCGUUGCUUUUAUGUUUACGAUACGGAGACAGAGCGUCUGGUUCAUUUGGGUACUGAUUUAAUAGGCUUGUUUGAUAAAAGACAGGGUUCAGAUGAAACAAACGUAGUUAAUUAAAUUUGAUAUUCGCGCAUUACCAAUUAUAAUUACGAUGCCUAAGAUACCUACAAUAAGGUAAAUUUGACCCGAUGAAACCAAUACGUGGUCAUUUAAAGUGUGCACCGUGGAAAAUUGGAACAGUCAGUAUCAGUUGUGAAACUGCUCUAGUUCAUUUCACGAAUUACAAAUGGUCGUAUCAAAGCGAACAAUAACUCCUUGUGUACCCUUCCAAUUAAAUCUGGAAAAGCAACUCCGUAUACUCCAUGGAAUUAUUCCAUGAAGCAUUGUCAUCCUUCUGUGUUUCGGUAACUAGCUAAUCUUUCCCUUCGCACAGGCCACUGCAGCUUCGACGAUAAUUUUUGCGCAUUAAAAUAUGACUGGAAUGCCACGUUCCAGUGGACCAAAACGUCGGGCAAGACACCUACGGAGAAUACUGGACCAAGAUAUGAUCACACCACGUUUAGCAAGGAUGGUAAGGAGUGCGUUCAGAACCAACACUUCAUGAGAUCAAUUUUUCUGCCCUCUUUCAAAUGCUUUUUUACCAAAAUGCCGAGUAGGAGAUCCCAGUGGAAUAUUAAGUUAUGAAAUACACCAAGCAAUAUUUGUAUUUUGUACAGGUAAUCACAUGAUUUCGAGUGCAAUUUGGAAUAAAUAAGCGAGAGUAAUUAAAUGCUUUAAAAGACUAACAAAAUUGCACGAGCCCGUAGGGCGAGUGCAAUUUUGGGUCUUUGAAAAAUUAAAAGUGCUUGUUUGUUCCAAAUUGCACGAGAAAAAUCAUGUGAUUACUUGUUAAUAAUAUACAUGAAAAAAUACAAAAUAACAAAGCGCGCGCAUCAAGCAAAAAUAUGCAAAAAUAAUUUAUUCAAAACGUGCGUUCGGUCAAAAAAACCGCGUACGAUCAAAACAAUAAUAUGCAGUGAUAUCUUCACAUCUUUAUCGCGCAAAAAAAAUUCAAAGUGUGGCUAAACAGUUCAAGAAAUUGUUCAGUCAAUCACUUUCGAUGAAAUGGAGUCGUCGCCUUCCAAGGUUUAACCAUGUUAAUUUUUUUAUUUCGGCGUUGGAUCGCUCCAGCAAAGUGUUAAGCUGGGUUGGCUCGUAAUUUUCGAUUUCCUUGGCAAUUCCCUUCUCUAAACACCACUUUUUCCAAACCGACAACCAAAAAGAAGUGCAUUUUGUUGCGAAAUCCAAGGCUCGCAUUUGGUUGGGUAUCUGUGGAGUUUCUUUGAUCGCUGACCAAUCAGAAUGUCUGGUUUGUUACUUUCUUUGCACUGGAUUAACCCUCUUCUGCACUGAAUUAACUGCCUUGUGCACUGAAUUAUCUGAAAACUGCAUUUACUUCAACCAAUCAGAACUGAGUAAUUUUUUUCAUGUAUGUUACUAAUCCUAGAAAUAUUUGGAGGGCAUACUCGACUAAACAAGGGACUAAUCCUGAAAAUUUCGUUUAUCUAUUGAUAUAACUAUUUCUAUCCGUCACUCUAAUUUAUUAAGUUUCUGGUUUUGUGUUGUCUUGUUUUCACGUUCUAGUUGUUCUUUUCUUAGGGAUAUAUAGUUUUAUAUGUGCAAUAUGUGUAAAUUUUCCAAAGGUCAGCCUGAAAUUGUGAAAAAUGCAGGAUUUGUUCAUAAUGUUCUUCGUCUUCCUUCUAUUUUUUUUACCAUAGCCUGAACUUUAAAAGAAAAACAAGCAUAUGUAGUUCUUAUUCUAAAACAGGGUCGUAUAUCUACAUCGAAGCCUCUCCACAAAUGCCUGGAGACGCAGCAAGGCUGUUAAGUGACUGGAUUGAACCCAAUGAAGAAGUUUGCAUUCAGUUUUGGUAUCAUAUGUACGGGUCAGAUAUCGGUAAUCUGAGCAUCUACUUAAAAACUAACCAAUCAGAAAAAGUUGUUUGGACACUUUUGGGAAAUCAGGGGGACCAGUGGAGGUUCGGACAAACAGCUCUAAACAGUCGAGAUGCAUACAAGGUAGGUUCCCUUGUAUUUGUGGUUACCGAGUACUUACGACUACAAAAUGUUAGUUUUGUUCAUCGAAAUCUAUAGUUCAUGAAAUUAAAUGUGUGAAGAUACUUUUGUGAUCAUUGAGUUAUAUCAUAACUAUAAUUAUCGCUUUUAUCACUACUCAUAUCGUUAAUGUUAUCGUCAUACUUUUCAUAAUUGUCAUUAUUGUUUUUCACAAGUUUAUCAUCGAAGGAACGGUUGGCUAUGGAAGCAGCGGUGAUAUAGCUCUGGAUGAUCUGACAUUGCUCGAUGGAAACUGCAAGACAGUUAUUACGCAGAGUAAGUGAAAUAACAUCUUUAGCAAGUUAAAUGUCUAUAAGCCAGUGGCUAUGCAUGAUUUCUGUCUUCUUUUUGUUGUUUUAGUAGGAAGAAUGACAGUUAUGUUUUGAAACGAUCCUAUGUUUAAGAUAUUUAUGUGACAUAACCUGCUGAACUCAUCCACCUCUCACAGCAAUUUUUGUAAAUAUUUCAUUAAAAUGUACGGGCAAAUUUAUGUCUCUCAUGUUCCUUAAUUGUAAAUUUGUACAUUUCUGGAUAAAUCCUUGCAACAAACAAUCUUUACAGUACAAUUACGACCCAAGCUUUGCCGUUAACUUUAUUGAACAUUUCGUUGUACCAGCGACAUAGAAAGGCCAAACACGAAGAGAAAGUUGCAGAAGAAAUACAUGCGCACUCGUUUAUAGCUCUGUGAAUAGAAAUAAUUUAUAGGGUAGUACCUUUUGUGGCAUGUAACGAUGAUGAGGUUUUCCGACUUCUUUGCAUUUUUAGAGAAUCUGGACUGUGAUUUCAAAGGAGACACAUGUGACUGGCAGGCUCAAGGAAGGUGGACCCUUUCGAAAGGUGUGCCAGGAUUAAACAUUUUACCGUAGAGAGCUAAGAGAGUUCUUCAUUUGAAAGUCGAUUUUGGCCAAUGAUAGACAAAUCUGUUCGCUGAGAAGUCAUUGUAUGCUUUAACAAUUUUUGUACUUUGAUAAUUCUUCUCUACAAUAAUCUCUUAUCAGAUGGUUCCUCUAUUUUUCUUCGGCAUGGAGCAUAUGCGAUGCGUCAUUCUCUAUUUUCGCCCCCGAACAUAAAUACCAACGAAUGGAAGUGUUUACAUCUUUGGUAUCUCAUCGGAGGCAGCGACGGGUAUGAAGCAUCCAUAACGGUGCUAUUAAAUAUGUUAAAAUCAAACCUAACGAUUUUGCUUUUCUUCGCGGACAAAGCUACAUCUGAGGCAACAUACACACAAACACCGUUACCAAGAAAUUUCACAGAUGCUCAGGUAUUUACAAAUCGCUCGUGUUGUAACUUCAGAUCUUUCAUAGGCUUUCCAAGCUUCAUGUGAAUUGGAUUUAUCUUAGAUAAAUUUGAUGUUGAGUUGGAGAAGAAUUUUAGUUUAAAAGUUAUCCUUCACACUUAAGUGUGCUAGUCUGCUAUUGACAAUGACAUCAUCUCAUAUCCUUACGCAGAUCGAAAUAGUGGGAACGAAUGAAUUGAAACUUCUGGCGAUCAGACAAGUAUCCUUUUCCAAAGAUUCUUGUGAACAUAUUCCCAAGCGAAGAAAUGGUAAGUCUCCAUCACUAUUCAUGGCGUCUAUUCACGUGCAUAUUGUUCCGAUUGUUGCGUUUCCAUUAAUGACAACGUAACACUAGAUGCCACAAAACAGCGAAGGUUUCCUAAUUGUUUGGCUCGCUCUCUCUGCACCACAAUUUUGGAAUUAUAUUAUGGGCGGUAUCUUUAUUAAAAGGCUAACAACUAUAAACAGAGCUCAUAGAAUAACCUCGUUCGUAUGAAGACGUACCACAGCCGUGUAUAGCUGCAAAAAUGUUUUUUUUCAAAUAUUCGAUGUCGAAUAUUACAAUGUCAAUCUACACGGCUUAUAAGUGUAGUGAAUUUAAAUACACCCUGCAAGGGUCUACUUUUCAUAUUUUAUCAUCAUUUAAUCUUUAGAUUUACAUCAGCAUAAACCCCUUGGAAUGGAAAACGGUGAGAUCCUUGACAAGAAGAUCACCUCAUCUUCACAAGUGGAUAUGAUUCAUGCCGCCAUCCAAGGAAGACUUCACUUCCAAGCAACCCCAGGCAAAGCGGGGUCUUGGUCCGCUGGUUCAGAGGACUCAAUUCCAUGGUUUCAAGUUGAUCUAGAUAUUCAGAACACAAGAGUUACAGGGGUUGCGACGCAAGGGAGAAACGGACCCUUCGCUCAGUGGGUUACAGAGUAUAAGCUACAAUACAGUAACGAUGGAGUAAGCUUCAAAUACUACAGGGAACCCGGACAAACCACAGUAAAGGUACGUACUUAACGUAAUUAGAAGUCCACCAUAGAUGAAUGUCCAGGACAAUUCAAAAGGUCUUUUUUGCAGUAGAUGAAAUUCUGAGCGUCGAGUAAGUUGGUUUAAAAAGGCAAGAAAGACAAUUAUUGAUUUUAAGGUUCAGUUGUCAGAUGGAGAAAUAUGCAAUUCAUUUGUCUCGUGUGUGUUUCUCUGGAACAUUUCCACACGCUCGUGACAACUGUAAGAUGUACUUCUUCAAAACCAAGCCCUUGUCUUUUUUUCACACAUGAGUUUUUACAUGACUUACCCUCGCAUAAAAAUCCCCUUAAUAAGGCAAUUUUUCUGACGAAUAUCAUCCCGUAAGAUUUCUGUACAUGAACAGGGCUUAGCACAGAUUAGUAAUAUCUUUCUGAGCGAUUGUUAAGGAGCUAAAAUGCGAGCUUGUUAACAUCGUAAAACUAUUGAUAUUUAUAACACAAAAAUUAUCAUAACGCGAUCUUUUGUUGAUACAGCACUUUGCUGGAAACGUUGACCAGGAUGCUGUUGUUUUUCAUGAACUUAAUCCCCCAAUCAGAGCGCGUUACAUCCGCUUUCGACCUGUGGCUUGGUACAAAGCAGCUUCAAUGAGAGUUGAACUUUAUCAGGGUGUGGAAGGUAAGUGAAUUACUUACGGACGUUUAUUUCCUCUAUCUUUUCUGCGAAAACACUUGAAAUAAGAUAAAAUAUUCGGUAUCACAUUGCCAAAAAGAAAUGUAAAACAGCGUUGGUGUCUUUUUGUAGGUAUAAAAAUUAGUAAUUCACUGAUAAGAAUUGAUAAUGAUCAGUAAAAUAGAUAAGGUAUUUCUCCUUACAUUGAUCUGUUUUAUUACCGUUAGAGUGUAAUAGAGCUCUGGGAAUGGAAAACAGCGAAAUCUUGAGUGGACAGAUUCUUGCUUCUUCACAAUGGGAUGGAUAUUCCGUCGCAAGCCAGGGAAGAUUAUUCUUUGAAGCGACAAGGAGGAAACAAGGAGGAUGGUCAGCUGGCAAAAAGAAUGCAAGGCAGUGGUUCCAAGUUGAUCUGGGAAGUCAGUAUGUUAAAAUCACAGGUGUAGCAACACAAGGCAGGCAAGACCACGAUGAGUGGGUAACCAGUUACAAACUGAACUACGGGAAUGAUGGGAAGAGCUUCCAAUACUUCAAGGAAAAAGGAGAGGUCGAGGACAAAGUAAGUAUAAAAAGAGUCAAUCAAAUCUUUAUCAUGCAAAUAUGUUUUAGCAAACAAUAAUCAAUGCCAUUAAAUUGCCAUUUUUCAACUUCUGAUGAUGUCAAGCGUUAAAAUUCUAUCAGCUAAUCAGCUGAUAGGCAAUCGAUAACAAGUUGAUCUGGAAAAUCUAUCGCCUUGAUCAGUUAAUAUCACCGGUACUCAUCGUCUUUUGUUUUUCCUUUUUAAUGAGUUGAAAAGUUGGACGAAUGUAAUGUUUUGAUCUGUUAUGAAGUCUUAAUAGCCAGUUUUCUUGUUAUGACCUUCUUUGCCGCGGACUCGUUACCAUAUCCCAUGCGAUAUCCACUAAAAUUAUCUACGUUUUAAGGCAGCCCUUCAUUAUAACUAAUAAACAAAUCUCACUCUACAUUCGUCUUACAUAGGAGUUUAUUGGAAAUGUGAACCGUGACAGCAUUGUUCAUCAUGAACUUUACCCAGCUAUCAAAGCCCGUUACAUUCGCCUUCAACCCCUGUCUUGGCAUAACUGGAUAUCUAUGAGGGUGGAAUUGUAUGGUUGUUCAGAAGGUAGGCGAAGUAUCAUCCUCUAAGUGAAAAUGAUUUUCAUUUUUUUCUACAAUAUCUUUAUCUGAUACAGUCCUUUAGCUCAAAGACGUUCUUACCCUAUUGCAUACAGUUGCAUGCUUGUUCUUUUUUUUUUUCAAUUUCUUUGUUGUCUGACUGAGGACAACAACGAGGAAGCAAUUGUUUAGAAGGUAUUUAAAGUUGGAAUAUAUACUCAGUUAGUAUAGCUUAGAAAAGUUGCGGUAUAGAUUAUGAUUUAGGGUAUUUAUUAACUUGAUUCGAUUUCAAUAACACAAACAGAAUGUCAAACGGAUCUUGGCCUAAAAAAUAGAGCUAUUCCUGAUGCACAAUUAAGCGCUUCAUCGCAGGUGGAUCAUUACCAUGCCGCAUCUCAAGGAAGACUAGAAUAUGAAGGUGAAGAGUGGAGAUCGUCAGCCUGGUCAACUCUCACUAACGAUAAAAGCCAAUGGCUCCAAAUUGAUCUUCGAAGUAUCUACAUUAAAGUAACCCGGGUGGCGACACAAGGUCGAACCGGUUGGCACAUGAUCUGGCAGUGGGUAACACAUUACAUGCUGCAGUUCAGUGAUGAUGGAGAAAACUUUACUUUCUUCAAGGAACUAGGAAAAUCAGCGGCAAAGGUAGCAUACAUGUUUUGUUACGGACGUGUUAGCGGUGUGUUCUGUUACAAUGAUAGAUAUUUAGAUGAACAAAUUGCCGUUCUUUCAAUUUAGAAUUUUAGUGGAAACAGUGACAGCAAUACUGUUGUUCAUAAUGACUUAAAGCCACCGAUCAGAGCUCGUUACAUCCGCUUUAUCCCACAAGCUUGGUAUCGCCAUAUAUCGAUGAGGGUGGAGCUCUACGGAUGUCUGGAAUAUAGUAGCAAAGGUGAGGAAUGCAGCUUGGACUUAAAAUAGGAUCAUCUCUUUAAGAAAAUAGCGAGCGAAAAUUAUUCGACAAGACCAGAGAAUGUGUCGAUAAUACAGUGCAGCUUUCUCUUCACGAAGCAGUGAUGAAUGACUGACUGACUAAUAUAAUGACUGAUCAACUGACUGGUCAAUUGAAAAAGUGGCUGACUGACUAGCGCACAAUGUCAGUAUGACAAAUUGUAGCAUCGGAUUUCGGCUAAAUUUGGGUAUGGUUAACAUAUAAUCCUACUUUAUUGGUACAUUUUGACGGCACUUAUUUAAUUAGUCUUGCCUUGGCUUGACCUUGGAUAUUUUGGCUUGACUGCCUUGCUCCAAAAUACGAAUUAUGACUCGACCGAGCUUGCCUUCUAUGCGGCCCAAAAGUACCACCUGACGCGAAUAGGUAUGGUAGCUAUCCUUGCAGAUAAAAGGUUUGGAAAUGGUCUUCACCCGUAUUUACUCCCUAUAGUUUCCAUGAAUGUAUCCGAAUGUCGACAAGCCCUUGGUAUGCAAGACGGUAUAAUAUCAGAUGGUCAAAUCACUGCCUCCUCGGAAUAUAUGGGCGGAUAUGCUGCAAUCCAAGCUAGGCUGCACUUUGCACGAAUAAUCGCACACAAGGCUGGGUCUUGGUCAGCGGAGAGAAAUGAUUUACAUCAAUGGUUGCAAGUAGAUCUAGGAAGUCAUUACUUUAGAGUUAUCCGAGUUGCAACGCAAGGAAGGCAUGAUGAUAGCCACUGGGUGACAAAGUAUAAGCUAGAGUAUGGAAAUGACGGAGAAAAAUUUCAUUACUACAGGGGAUCCGGAAAAAUUUCAGAUAAGGUAAUGUAAUUGAUACAUCUUCUACACUAACUGGUAUUUCGUUCCUCAAUCCUUAACUUUCAGCCUCAAUUCCGAUUCAAGGACCCAAAACCUCAAUCAAUUUCUGGCACGGGAACAAAUAUCUACAGGUCAUAACUCUGGUCUUUUUUAAUUUUUUCCUUCAAAAAGACUGGUCCUUUUCCCGUUGAUAUCACUAUGACUUAUCAUAAAUACGAAAAAAUACCUCUAAAAAAGACGAAAUUAGAACAUACCACUAUUAUAAUUAAUGAUUAUUCGUAAUCGAAAGAAUCAAAAGUCAUGAGAGGAAGAAGAGGCUGGGUCACUCGCCUUCAGAAACUGCGAACUUUUCGAAGAAUGCUCUAAAUGAGAGAAAUUAAUGUAUUUAAGCAAUUCUAUAGAUGAAUAACCAUAUACCAUUAACGGUUGUUCUACUUUUUUAACCUAGGAUUUUGUUGGAAACUAUGAUCGAGACACUAUCGUUUUUAGUGAACUAAACCCACCAAUCUAUGCACGUUUUAUCCGCUUUCGACCACAACAUUGGUUUGGCCACAUAGCCAUGAGGGUAGGGGUCUAUGGAUGUCAAGGUGAGGAAGUUUCAGUCUUCUGAAUCAUUUAAAAAAUGCAAAAGACAUAUGACUUUUCGCAUUUUUUUCAUAAUCUUUCAACUCAUUUAGUCCCCUAGACUGUUCUUCCAUUCCAUCUACCACACCCUCUGGUGUGCACCUGCAUUUUUUGCAUGCACUUGAUUACUGUCAAUGUUUAUAAACGCGAGUCAGAAUUGAGUCACUAGUUGUGAUCUACCAACAAUUCAUGCUUGUAUUUUGCUGGUGUUUUUUUGUUGUUGUUUGUGGUUUGUUUUUUCUAACAUGGAAUUUAAGGAUGCAUGUAAAUACGAAGAAGUCUCAUAGAUUUCUUAAAACCCUCAGAAUGUACGAAACCUCUCGGUGUGAGCAGUGGUGCAAUAUCUGAAACACAAAUGAGUUCUUCUUCCCAACUGGAUGAUGCUCAUGCCGCUGUGCGAGGAAGACUCAACUCUAUGGCAACUGAGGAUAAAGGAGGAUCCUGGUCUGCUGCCUCGAACAACCGCCGCCAAUGGCUUGAGAUUGAUCUGCGUAGUCAGAACAUCAAUGUGACCCGUGUAGCCACUCAAGGAAGUCAUGAUUCCAGACAAUGGGUGACGAAGUAUAAGCUGCAGUACAGUAAAGAUGGUGUAAACUUCCAAUAUUACACAGAGCCAAUGAAAACUGCACAUAAGGUGGCGCUUAUUUGUUCACAGACAACUUUACUUCAGUUUCCCUUUUCAAUUCCCUAUGAUCGUCCGGCGAUAAAUCAUCUUUAUUGCCAAACACAGAAUUUCCGUAGCAUCGGUGUAUUUUUUUCGCCUUUAACCUGUUAAUAUGAUGUCCUAUAGUCAAUGCCAAGUUUCUUUACACCUUGGCAUACCGGUUACAAAGAUAAAUUGUCUACUAGAUAGGUAGAAAGAAACAAAUUACACUUUGCUGUAAGGAAACAGGUGAGAUUAUCUCUUAUCGUCAACGAUAUUCGUCAUCACAGUGGUCAAAACGUUGAUUGUCGAUGAUUGACAGUCGAUUUGUUUUUACCACAUAUCGACGUCAAAUGAAACGAUUCUUUCAUUGCGUGACCAUUGCGUCACACGUGGACGCGAGCCUCUGUACUGCUGAGCUCUGUACCCUUAUCGACGACGGCAAACUGGCCAAUGGGAUUGCGAUGUUCCUGCCAGUUGUGGUAAAAUUAGGAUUCCACAUGAGUUCUAUAACAAAGCAAUACGCUUUUUUCUCAAAAAUGCAUCCUUUGAACCUAAAUAUUACGAUCAUCAAGAGUAAAAUUUUAUCUGAGACGGUAUUCUAUCCAAUUUUCUAUCUGUAGAUUUUUGAUGGGAACGUUGAGCAACACGCCGUUGUUUAUAAUGAACUUGUCCCGCCUAUCACAGCACGUUUCAUCCGUUUUCGGCCCCUUGACUGGUAUGGUCAUAUAUCAAUGAGAGUAGAACUUUAUGGAUGUCAAGGUAAUUUAGGAUUUGUUGCCUUCCUGAAAACUUUCAUUCAGUUCAUCAAGCGACCAAAUAAUCGAAGUCGGAUUUGUUAGGUUUGGUUUAGGAUGCGUAUGACACUCACACCCGUAGCAAAGGACGUGAAGUAACUUUUUAGUUUUUUUUUGCUGAGUCAGUAUUGAUAUCGAGGUAUUCCAAGGAAGGAUAUCAAACAUUUUCGUGUAACACCGGAAUUUUCUUGUAUGAGGAUGUUGUAUCUCAAGGUGUCUUGUUCCACCCUUUUAGAUGACCGUCCCUGUGACACAUCGGUAGACUGGUGUGGGUGGAAAAACGAACGUGGCUGGAAAAGAAUCAGACAUAAAGAUCUUGAUCAGGUCUAUCAGAGUGAAGGUGGCGGUGGUAAAGGUUCGUGAUGACUUCUUCAAAAAGCUUGAUAAGAAUUAGAUGUGAUUUGUUUCGUUAAAAAAAAAAUUUCAGCAUUUGUAAUAGACAUUGAAAUAAAGAUGACGAUAGCGCUACCAUAAAAAUUGUUUUACUUCUGUUUUUGCUUUUUCCGCCUUAGGUUUCAGUGACAACAAAAACUUCGAGGUCCACCUCCCUGACAGCGAAUACGGUUACAUAUCAUUAUCUAAUGUGGUACUGGAUGAAUGCUGUUUUACCAUUUGCUUUUGGUUGAAUACUGCUGACAGUGGCUUCUUUAUGGAAUACAAAAAUGCGGGAUCAGCCGAAGAAAACGAGACUCUUGUUUUCGGAAUCUACUGUGGGAAAAACACAUUUCUUCUUCAAAGUGGCAGCGAGAGAAGGUAUUAAAGUAGGAUGGAUGUAGGGUUGUUUCUUGUCUUAUAUUUGAUUCACAACCUUUGGAGAUUGCCUUAACAGAGAGGACGCCUCAAAAUUAUUAAUUGCUGGCAGGUUAACUGCUUGGAACCGUGGUUCAUGCAAAGAGACCUCGCUCUCUCUUUCCCUUCAUUCAAAGCUUGUAAAAUUGUGUCAGCCAGUGUUGAGCGUGAUAUUUUUUUCUGCAAUUGCUAAUUACCAAAUAUUGCAACAAAACGAAAUUAAGAGCAAUUGUAAUCAAGCAAAAGCUCAAAAAUUUCCACUCAAAUAAAUUUUUUACUUGUAUCAAACAGAACUUAAAACAUAAUCAACUAAGUCCUCAUACAAAUCAAAUAGAAAAAAAAAUUGGGGAGUUUUACUCAUGUGAGCAUGAACAGUGUCUUUUGCUCUUUCUGCACAGCGAGCAAUCUAUGGACGUGAUGGACUCCACCUGGCACCACGUGUGUGUCUCGUGGGAUGGGAAAGUUGGACUGCUUGCAGUUUUCAAGGAUGGUCAUAGAAAUUUCAAGCUAAAUGAGUUCAUGGCGUCCCUACUUAAGAAGCCGAAUGAAGGUAGGAAGAAGACAUACACUAUUUUGGGAGGGGGGAGGGGGGGGUCAGAAGGUUAGGGACCUCUGGUGUAAUCUUUUUCUGAGCUGUACCUGGAUGUGAACAGGUUCAACGAAGAAACUGAUGCUGGAUGAUAUUCAAGUUUAGCUGAAAACUUAGCCGAAAGGUUAAGUUUGAGUAAGGUUUGAUAAUGGAGACCAUUUUGCAAAGUUAACUUAUUGUUUGCGGUGAGAACAUGGAAGGUCGGUCAUUUUCACCCUUUGCUUCUAUCGACCCGUGAACAACAUGCUUUGCACCUUUUGAUCCUUUUAAACGAAUUUAACCUGAGAAAGAUUUGUUUUAAUUUGCAAAUACAGGAGUCGUGACAAUUGGUUUUAGGAAUAAAAAUGGAACUGCCUCAGCUAUUCUUGGUAAACUGAGUGGCGUCAAUAUUUGGAGCACUUUGGUCACAACAGAAGAGAUACUGCGCAUGUCAUACGGUUGUGGGACAGAAGUUGGCAAUGCGAUGGCCUGGGGAAAAGUUAGAAAUGGGCUGAUUGGGAAAGUGGAGAUGCAGUCACGUCCAACUUGCAACGAUGGAAAACGUAAGGCUUACCGUGAUAACUUCAUUGUUGUUAUCCUUGUAAGCCAAACAUUAGGAGCAAACUUUCUGUUGUGGUUUUAAUAACAAUCUCUUUGAAUACCUGUUUCGUUCGAUUAACAGAAAGGAUAGUUUGAUACAUGGCCUAUCCUUACAUCUUUUGUUUGAUUUAAGGAUUUAUGUUCCCUUUUUUUGUUUUUCUUGUGGUCAUUAACAUUAUUUCCUUUUCCGUUUUCGACAAACUUUAAUGGUGAUAUCUAUUCGAAGGUAAAUAACUAUAGUCAAUCAGUAGUCCAAAAAUAUUACCUCUAUUCAGUUGGUCUAGUUUUUCUGUCAUAACCUAUUCAAACUAUUGAUGACUAGGGGUUCUUUUGACACAAGAUUGUCUCAGUCUCCAGCUAGCAAGAGGUGAUUUUGGGUUUUAAUGAAAUUGUAGCCUGAUCAGUGUAGAAUACUACAAGUCUCUUAUAUUUUGUGGGUCAAAAGUCUUUCAGUAGCGUUUCUUCAUCUUUUAAAUGAAAUUUAAAGGAAUGCACCAUCCUCGAUUAUCACACGUUUAUCAUUUGCCAGACUCAAAAUUAAUAAUAAGGAUUACUAGCAGCUAGUAUUGUGUUUCUAUGACCACCAGGUGCCAGGCUUGUGGUAGAUACCGUCGAUUUGGAACCAAAUGGGACCGCUGUUCUUGUGAGCCCGACAUACAAUAGAUCAAAUGACGGGAAAAGCAGAUGCUUGAGGUUUCGCUAUAUGCUGCGGGGGUCUGGAGAUAAAACGUUGACAAUUUUACAGAAAACCGGAAGUUUUCAUGAAAUACCCAUCUGGAUGUGGAAACGCAAUUCUGGCCGGGGUUGGAUUUAUGGUCAAGUUCCGCUGACCUCUACUACGAAGUUUAAGGUGAUAUAAAAACUGUGACACUUACUUUUCCAUACAUUCAUACACGUACUAAAAUGAACGAUGCAGGCCAUCAAUUCACCGUGGUCAGUUAAUGGUAUUACUGAUAAGUUGCAUAAAGUCUUCUGCACAACCUAAAGGUAAAUUAACAAACUUCGUUUUCUCUUUAGAUUUUGAUUAAAGCUCAAAAAAGCAGGAAGGAAGACUUGAUUGCUUUAACAGGAGUAUAUGUCAAGGAGGGACUCGAUUGCAAACUUUGGCCCCUGUCGGCAAAACAAGGUAACUUACUUACUUUUACCUUGCCUUGCAUUGUUACCUUAUCUAUCGUCCCAUUUUACAUAAUUUUUUAUAGCGGGUAAUAAAAUUAGCAUGUAGUUUCAAAGGAAGGAAAGAAUGCAUUACUUUUUUAAACCCUUUCUGAGGAUCUCCUCCUUUUUAAUUCCUAUGAAACGAAGUUGACCAUUCGUUUUAGAUCCGAGGCAUCAUUUUCUUCGAGAAAGUAACAUAGUCUCUUGAAUUAUCUUUGUAAAAUGCUAUCAAUCACUCUUCUCAAGUCCUUGUUUUGCUGUUCUCUUCAUCUGUGUAAAGUAAUACCAAGCAGUUCAUAAACUUUGCUGCUCUACAGUUCUUCAUUAAUCUGUGUUUUGCACUUUUGCUUAUUUUGUUUCCUUCUGUUUGUUUUGUUUGUUUAUUUACUCACAUAUCUAUCUGCAUAUUUUUAUUUCCAGCCUGCAAUGAGGACUUAACUGAUCCGUCAGGAUAUCUCUUUUCGCCGGCCUAUUCCGGCGAUGUUCUUAAUGAUAUCGCUUGUACGUGGUACAUUAAUGUCCCACGAAAUAACAAGAUUCGCUUGGAAUUCCAAGAUUUCCACCUUCCGGACCAUCCCACGUGCAAGGACUGUUAUCUUCAAAUUUUUGAUGGAAGUGAAACGUCUUCUCCUGCGAUUGGUCGAUUCUGCGGAUAUAUGUAUCCUCCUAUUGUCAUUUCUUCAUCAAAUCAUCUCAGCAUUGCUUUGCGUUGUGCUGCCAGUUCCUACAAAGCCAGAUUCAGUAUUUUCUAUAACUCCACGGCAGGUAUGAAACGCGACAUCUCUGAAUUUUUAUUGCAAGUAAGCAGUUUUUAGGUUUUCUACUUUUGGAGCUCUAAUAGAAAAAGGAGAUAUUGUAAUGGAAUUCAAAUGUCACGUCAUAAUUUCAUGCUAUUGUUUAUUUUUCAAUUUUUCAGCUCACAUGGAUUUAGAGUCGUCCUGUUCGCUUCAGCAAGGUGCACAAAGAAUCUUGAGCUAAUUUGCUUUAUUUUUUUCAUUUGAUUUCGGACUAACGUUUUGUAAGACAGCAUUAAUUUAAACGAACGAGUUUCUAUCUCAUAUACGUCACUAUCGCUAUUGCCACACAUCUAGACUCCUAUUAAAAUUAGGUUUUUUGAGCUGUGCAGAUUUAAUUGAAAAGGAGCUAUCUAAUUUGGUCUUUCUUCAGUCUUUUGUCCCAAAACUGUAAGUGUUUCGAUGCUUCUUUACGUAUCAACUUAUAAAUGAUGGUCUUAAAUUUCUUGCCUUUCAAUCAAUGCUAAUGAGCUUGUGUCUUACAACCCGCCUAGAAUGUCCAUCAAGCUGCAAAUGUGAAGAGUUUGGUGGAGAAGUAGACAAGAGGAUACUGGUGACAGGAGAAGAUUUACUAAAUGUACCACAUGACCUUCCAACAAACGUCGGAGCAGUGUAUGUGACAUUUGGGGUCCUUUUGAUCUUGGUUUAUUCAAACUCUAAUCGCCUUUUGCUUUAUCGUGAUUUCCUUCCCACAAGAAAGUUGAAAGUUCGUUCCUCGUGUUUCUCAAAACAACUGAUAUUCUUUCUUUGUGUUUAAAAAGGUUUUUCGGGCAAAACCGGAUCUCCCAAUUGCGCGAGGAGGACUUCAUAAACCUCUUGAAAUUAGAAUAUAUGUGAGUAAACAUGUAAACUUUUGUUUAAGAUUGGUCAAUUCUCAUUGCAGCGACAGUACGAAUCUUGAACAUUUUACUGUAAUUAAUCGAGAUUAUGGUUAAGAAAACCAAUUGAUCUCCUUAGCCUAUGCCUUGAUUGACAAACUUUGGGCGAACGAAGCUUUCCCUGUACGUUCUGGAAAAAAAUUAAAACAAAUUUCUCCCUUUAAAACUCAGUUUCUUUGACCUCAGCUUAAAGUUGUUGAUCACCUUUUUAAAAGCGUUCUCAUUUCUUUCUUCCUCUUCCUUAGUGAUAUGAGCUUCAAUACCCUGCUUCGCGUGGAUGAAGACAGCUUUCAAAAUGUGACAUCCGUCAAGACACUGUAAGUAUCAAUUAAACAGUGAUUUAUUUCAUAGUGACUGAGUAACUCUUCCGCCUUGAAGUCCGUUGCGAGAUCGAUAAUGACAUUUGUCGUAGCAAUCGAUAUAUUUUUCCUUUUUGUUGUAGGAGACUUGAUUUUAACUUUAUUCGAGCUCUUCCUGUUGGGGCCUUGAAAAGAUUAUCCAAUUUACGCGUGCUGUGAGUAUUUCAUGUGAAUAACAUUAUUCUUGAUGAUUUUAGAUAUAUGAAAUUCAUAUUCUUGUCCUUUGUGUUCUCCAAAGGACAUGAAUGUGCUUAGAUCUAAAAUUGCAUUUUGAAAAGAGAGUAGAAAACUCUGCAAAACAACAACAUGAAAUGACCAAACUUUGCAUUGUCUGGAGAGCGUGAACGACGACGGCUAAUUUUUUAAAUUUCUAUCUCUAACUUAACGCUGUGUUCCAUAUUCAGUUUCGACAGCGAGAAACAAACUUAAUGACUUAAGGGUACUGCGAGAUUCGUUGGUAAAAUGUAAGUUUAAUUUUUAACCGAUGUUGUCCUCGGCGUCGCCGUCAUCGUUUCUUAAACUCCCUAGUACGGGGAAGGGGAAUUUAAGUUUUUACCUCUUUUUAAGUUAAUAAAAUAAAUUGAUUGUUUUGUUUCAGUGACCUAGGAAGGAACCUUCUUCGGGUUGUAUUCAGCAAGAUGCUUGAUGGACUCUCAAAUCUGGAAGUACUGUAUGUACUUAUUUUUAGUGAAAAAAUAAUCUUAUUUUUUUUAAGUCUAUGGUAAUCAGCUAAAUCAUCUCUCCUCUUGGUUUUGUUUGCAGGAGUUUUCGCUCUAACCAAAUCGAGCUGCUGGAAUAUGGUGCUUUUAAGAACCAAAGCAAUAUGACGCAUUUGUAAGUGCAUUAAAUUGGUCACUAGUAAAAACUGAUUUUGACUGUCAUUGGAAAAAUCAAUGGAAGAACACCUGAUGAGCAAAUAGGGGGCGUGGCUCCAUCCAAUGGAUAAAUCUCUAUCUUGUGGAUAGCGCCGUACAUUUUGUUAGCACUCAUCCGCUGGAUAGCUAUUUGUGUAUUGGAUAUCGUUAUGCAUCCUUAGAACAACUGGGUUCUGUUAUUUAAGCCAAGUCAGUAGAUACAUAUUUCUUUCUUUUUAUUUGUUUUUGUUGUUUAUUUAAUAUCAUUCUUGUUUCCAUUUAGGUACCUACAGGAUAAUAAGCUGAAAGAAGUGUCAAAUGGGAUAUUCAAAGACCUUAUGAAAUUAAAAGUAUUGUGAGUGCAUUGAUACCAUAUUUAGAGCAAAACCUACGGAAAGGGACAAUGAUAAGAGUGUACUCCUAUAUUUGUCAUGUGACUGUUUCAUGGCGAAUACAAGGAAGUCAUGAACUAUAACUGACUUUUGUCCCUCAUUUUUCGAAGGAUUGAGUAAAGUUUCCAUAAAAAAUAUCUUAUUAGCUACUUGAUACUUUUUAUCUUGAUCUAUUUGAAAUCUCCAGAAAUCUUAGUAAGAACGAGUUAACAGCUGUUUCGAAGGAAACCUUUCAAGGAUUGAAAUCACUUGAAUAUCUGUAAGUAUACAUGUUGCUGAGUAAAAGUAGACUAUUAAUUUCUCUAUUCAGAGAUUGCACCUUACUGUUAAGCUGUAUUCUCAUUUUUUUAGUCACUUUUAUUUGAUUUUUAUCAAAAGUGUACUCGAAAUUCAAAGUUAAAUUAGAUAUAAAAAAACUCUUCUUUCACAACUACUCAAGAAUUUGCAACAGUUGAUGAAUAGUUUAUCGGAGUGUUUUUUAACUCAGUCAGGAAGGUCGAAGAUUCACUGCACGAAAUGCUUUUCCUCACCAUCAACCAAGUUACACAAUAAAUUCGGAGAUAUAAGAGAGAGAAUUCGAUUUUAUCAAGAGUACACAUCAACACGAUUCGUUCUUUCACUUUGUGAAUGGAUCAGUGACGGCAGAAGAGAGUUUGAUGUGAAUGUCUUACGCAUCAGCAAAGUUGACAUUGGGACACAACGUAAGGUAAACCAGUUAUUCUUGCUUACUUUUUUUAUGCAUCAAUUCAGGUACCUGGACAGCAACAAACUUACUAAAGUACCUCCAGACGCAUUCAAUGACCUCAAGAACCUCAAGUAUCUGUGAGUAAUCUUCUUUUUAAUCUCCAUCAGUCUAAAUUGGUAAAAUCUAAAGCUAGCUCAGUUUUUCCCAAAAAGAAAAUCUUGAUGAUGGUUUUUUUACUUUACACAGUAUGUUUUUUAAUUCAACAGUCCAUUCCAUACGUUACAAUUACGGUUAAAAGUCACUGCUCUUUUGAAAUCAACUCAUUUAAGGCCCUUUGCUAAUAUUCAGACAUUCAAUCAUUGGACAUCGAUAAAAUCACCGUACAUUUUGGUUUGACGAAUUCAGAAUUUUGUUAAUUGUCUGUUUAAGAAAGCAAGAUAAAAUUAUGAAAGAAAUGAAAGUGAAGUUUACUUAUUUUUCAAUUAUAAUAGGAGACUAGAUCGCUUCAUAUUCUGUUGCUAUGCCAAGAAGUCAAUUGAAGGAGUUGCUUGCGAUUCCCCAGUUGAUGAAUUCUCAAGCUGCGAUGAUCUCAUGAAAAACAAAACUCUUCAAGUUUGUAUCUGGAUACUGGGAAUCCUUGCCUUCUUUGGUAACCUCGCUGUCAUAAUAUGGCGCAUAAUUGAUAAAGAGGAGAACAGAGUCCAAUCGUUCCUACUGACAAAUCUAGCAUUUGCCGACAUGUUCAUGGGUGUCUACCUGUUGGCAAUCGCCAUUAUGGACGCGAGGUGGCAAGGUGAAUAUUUCAAGCAUGACCAUGAAUGGAGGUCUGGCUGGGGUUGUCGAACUAUUGGAAUUUUAUCGAUGCUUUCCAGUGAGGUAUCUGUACUAAUUCUAACAAUCAUCACCAUGGAACGAUUUAUUGCAAUUGUCUUCCCAUUCAAAUUCAAACGCCUGACCAUCAGAUCUGCCGUAUUCACCUGUACAGGAGUGUGGAUAUUUGGAAUAGUUAUUUCAGUGAUUCCCAUCACCGGAAUAGACUAUUUUUACGAUCAGAACGGUGAUUUUGGUUUUUACAGUCGUUCAGCAGUUUGCCUUCCUCUUCAGCUGUCUGAAGGAACCCCGGCCGCUUGGCAAUACUCCGCCUCCUUCUUUAUUGGGAUGAAUUCCAUUUCUUUUACCUUUAUCCUGGUGGCGUAUAUCUCAAUUUUUUUGACGGUGAAGCGUGUAACCCACUCUGUUCGAUCGACGAAUUUAAAUAGAGAAUCCGCCAUGGCUAAGAGACUUGUUUUUAUAGUGAUGACAGACUUCUGCUGCUGGAUGCCCAUAAUAAUCAUCAGCAUUUUAUCUCUGAUAGGAAAUUUCAGUGAUCCAGACAAAAUUGCUUACGUGUGGAUUGCAGUGUUUGUUCUUCCCCUCAACUCCUCCAUUAAUCCAAUCCUUUACACGUUUUCCACCGAUAGAGCAAAACGUAGCUUUCGCCAGGAGGGGAAAAGCGUCACUGGUUUCGUUAUGAAGACCUUGAACAGACGUACAGAAGGUGGGUAUGUCUGUUGAGGAAUACUUUGGUUAUCAAACUCUGAAUACUAUUCUCAUCUCAAAGAUACGAAGAAGCCUUAGAAAUUACCUUAUUCAGUUGUAGUUUAAGUGUGCUUCUAUCUCAUCGUCUUCACUCACAACAAAUUGCUACGAAAACAGAAAAAAACAAGCGAAAGCAAACAUAAAAGUGGGAAAAACCACGUGCAAGCGGUUGUAAAUGAAGCCUAAUCACACAAGGUCGCAUUACACGUCAGAACCAACCUAACUAAAUUGUGCUGUAAUUGUUCACAAUUUUUGUAAAACUAUCAAUAUACGUGGUGUUAGGUGUUCUAUUCGUCUUCAAAAAUCCCCUUUUGUUUUUCCAUCCUGAAACGUACCUUUAUUCAUGAUCAGUUGGCUAUUAUUUUUUCCUUUGAAGAUCGAUUGUCCUGUUCCUCGAACAUCUCCAGAAAACCGUUUCUGUCUAAAGUCCUUUCGAUUUGCAGCCCCCAGCGAAAAGCAAGGGUAUUGAAAAAGCCGCAGCUCGAGAGCGUUGUCGUGCACGCUAAUCUGAAGCUGAUUGAAGAAGUAAACAUGUUCAAAGAUGAUACUGCUGGAAGAAAAUCAAUAGUAAGUACCUCUUUGUGAUGAUAAAAAUGGCGUUUUUGUGGCUACAGACUAGAGAAGAUUAAGUCAAAAGCCAAUCCUAUGCUAUAUAUUUGUCGCUAGUUCGCAACUCUCUCCGUAAGCGUUUAGGGACCUGUACCUUAAUCAAGGGAGAGCCCUUAGAGUAAGGCUUAUUUGACAAAUACACUAUUUUUCCGUUCAUAUGUUACAGGAUGCUUUACUUAAAGACCUUUCUUAUGCUUAUUUCUUGAACUUCCCUUAGAAUAUGAAAUUAAUCUUGUUCUGAAUAUUUUUCCAUCCACCAAUCUUGCGCAAGGAUCUUGCAUCUCUUACAAAAAAUUUGCAAUUACUACUCCCUGUGUCGCCUACCUUAGAUUUACCAUUGCCACGUAUGACAUGUACAAAUGAGUAUAAGCUUCACGUCACCUCUCGCUGUUACAGGGUUAUGUUACAGCUUCGUGUGAGGAAGGAGGUGUUUUCAAUAUGGUGUUGCUAAAGUACUUUGGAGAAGAAAUGAAGGAGGACUGGAAUCGGGAAGUGGGUGUAGUGCAGAGCCUCUCUUGUGACGAGCACCCACAGUCCAAUGUGUUACAUUAUCGAUGGCACUGCAAAAGUAAGUGAACCUAAUUUUUUUAAAUGUAAACACCAAUUUUUAGAAUUGCCAAAAAUUGUUCGUACCAAUUUGAAAUCCUAGUUUACUUACUGCUUCUAUUCCAUAUAUAUAUAUUUUUUACCUUUUGUUGUUGUUGUUGUUGUUGGAAAAUCAGGAUCUGUGAAGUUCACAGAGCCACAGCAGAGCCUUUUUUAAUGAUUUCAUAGGUGCUGUACUGGACCUCUGAAGUUUUUUUUUUUCUGUUAAUUUCUUUAGCUAGCGACCUGAAUAUCGAGCAAGGCAAAACGAUGCUCAAUGCUUUACAAGGAAAAAGUUUGUAAGUUUUUAGUGAAUGGGAGCUUUAUUAUCAAACAUAUUUAUGGAAAUUUCCAUACUAUUGAUAACAGGUGAUACAACGGAUAUUAAAAUGAAGUGUUUCCUUUUUUUUUCUAAAAGCCUGAUAUGUUUCGACUUUGUGUCGAGUUCAACUCUAGAAGAUUUUAUUUGUGAGAAAGGAACUGUCAUCGACUUUGAGUCAAUCUGUGCGGUAGCUUGUGACGUCCUUGGCGCUAUAGAAGGGCUACAGGAAGUUGGAAUACUUCAUAACAACAUCACAACACAAAACAUUCUGAUCAGCCAGUGCCCAAGGGUAAGUAAAGUGGUAAUGUGGUUAGCAUAUGUACAUGUAUCUUCUUAUAUGUUUGCUACCGCAGACUUUCUCUUUCACCGAAAAGUCGACAAUUAUAUAGUUCUUUAUUCAAAGGUUACUUUGCUUUAAAAAAUUCCUCGUAGUUUUACACAAAUGUUUCUUUGAGCUUUUGAGGAAAUUUCGUGGAAACAGAAAACAUUUCACCUGCAUCCCUUUUUCGUAAGGCUGGAUGGCAUAUCUUUGGUUACUUGGAAAUCGACCUAAAAUAGUCCAGUUUGGUUUUGACAGAGAGUUAGAAUAAUCCAAUGGAGUGUGCGCUGCACGCUUAAACCUGAGGUUCGUAGGUCGAGUCCCUCCCUGAUCAGUAAAUGGGUUUCGCUUUUCUUGAUAGUCCCUUUUUCUACACUCAGUCCAGGGUUGUAAAUUGCUAACUGGUUGGCCUUCUACCCGUUGAGGUUUAAAUAAAGUUCCUUUAGAUGUCUAUUAUAAGCUUUAAGAUAUUUGAGCGCAUUUUUAAUAAGAGAGACACAAAGAAAACCACUUAUUCACCCAUAAUUCUGCCACCCUUAGAUAGUCAUUUUUUGUUGUUGUUUUGAGUUGGAGAGAGGUUAUGGUUAUUGCCUCCAUGUAUUUUCCUUUCACAGAUUCCUCCAAUCAAAGCAGUCUUGGGUGGAUUCUCUCGUGCAUCCAAGUUGAAGGAAGAAAGCGCGUUUACAAAUGAAGCUAUCGAUAAACAGAGUUGUUUUGGCAGCCAUGUUAAGCAGUUUGGACAUUUGUUGGCCACACUACUGGGACACUGUCACGGCUCUAGUGAACAGGUCAAGGUAAACAUCGACAAGUUACAUUAACUUAAGUAAAAUUUUACCGCUUGAACAGUGACAAAGAUACACAGUGACCUUCGCACAUACAUUUUCUUUUCUCCAAUAGCUACAUGAAAUUAUGAACCUCUGCUUUGAGGAAACACCAGAGAAGAGGCCUACAGCGUCUUUCCUCCGAGAACUCUUGGAAGAGGUCUGGUGCACAAAGGGUUUUAGUGAUUCAUUUGUCUGAUUUAACAUACGGACAAAAACACUUUACAAGUGUAAAAAUACUAUUGGUUGAGCUUUUUAAAUAUCAAAAAAGGUUUGUCCAUCCCUGCAGUACGUAGGGUACAAGCCAUCACAGGACGAAAUCACAUGUUUCCGUAUUUCUGGAACGUGGCGGAAACAUGCAACUCCAUGUUUCCGUUAUGUUUACGUAAAAGUGAUCCGGUUCCGUUGUAUACGCAGCAACGGAAACGCGAGAAAACGUCACGAAACCGGUAACGGAAACACAGGUUAUCCGUCGUGUUUCCGGAACGGUUUAACAUGUUUCUGCCACGUUUCCGUUUACGGAUUCUUGUAAUUUCGUCCUGUGCAUAGGCAAAAGCGAUGUUUAUCUCUUCAAUAACGGCAGAAUGAUUAGAACAAAGCGCAUUAAUAAUUCUGCCUGUAAAUAGUUAAACCUUGCGUAGAGCACAUUGGUACGAAAUGUAUAUUCUGUUGGUAAAAAGAAAAUAGUCUAAAAAUGCUUAUUUGUUUAAGAGCCAUAUUUUAAUGUGCACCCACGGUAUCGCUCUGCAAACUUAAUUCGCAGUUAAUUUUUAAAAAUCACCUUUCCAACAACAUAAAGAACGCUUUCAUGAUAUUAAACGAUGUAAAUGAUUUUCAAAGAAAACAACGAUACAUACAUAUAUUCAAGAUUUGUGGAAAGAUAAAAAUCGCUGAAAUAUUUCGCUCGUGCGCAGAUACAUGUACGGUCGCGUAUCGGAUUUUAAAAUGGAC